UGUCUGGAGGCCGGAGAAGAAAGGCUGGUUUGCUUUUUAAGGAGCGCCAAGCAGUUCCUGACGCGACUCGGCUCUCAGAGGCUCCAGAAAAAAACCAACCCUGCCGGCUGUUUAGCUAGGAAAAUUAAGUCCCGGGAGUUCUUUUUAUAGCCACAAAGCAGCAGGAAAGUUCAGAGUAGGCGCGGUUGGGCCUCUCAGCGCUACCCUUCACGUAGUCGCGCACAGAGGUCCCCUUUUUCUGCUUGGCAGAAUGCGAGGCUUCGGUGACCGAGGCCGCGAUCGUGAUCGCGGAGGGUUUGGUAGCCCUCUGCCUCCUAAAAAAUUUGGAAACCCAGGAGAGCGUUUGCGUAAGAAGAAGUGGGACUUGAAUGAAUUACCCAAAUUUGAGAAAAACUUUUAUGUUGAACAUCCGGAAGUAGCCAGACUCACUCCUUAUGAAGUUGAAGAGUUGAGAAGAAAGAAAGAGAUUACUGUAAGAGGGUCAGAUGGCUGCCCCAAGCCCGUAUUUGCCUUUCAUCAGUGUAACUUUCCACAAUAUGUGAUGGAUGUCUUGAUUGACCAGCAUUUUACUGAACCAACUCCAAUUCAGUGUCAGGGCUUUCCCUUGGCCCUUAGUGGGCGUGAUAUGGUGGGCAUUGCACAGACUGGCUCUGGGAAAACAUUGGCAUAUUUGCUACCUGCAAUUGUUCAUAUAAACCACCAACCAUAUUUGGAAAGGGGAGAUGGUCCAAUUUGUUUAGUUUUAGCUCCUACCCGAGAACUGGCGCAACAAGUCCAACAAGUAGCUGAUGAUUAUGGUAAAUGUUCAAGAUUGAAGAGUACCUGUAUAUAUGGAGGAGCACCCAAAGGUCCCCAAAUUAGAGACUUAGAAAGAGGUGUUGAAAUUUGUAUUGCUACACCUGGUCGUCUGAUUGAUUUCCUGGAAGCAGGGAAAACUAAUCUUCGCCGCUGUACAUAUCUUGUACUGGAUGAAGCUGAUAGAAUGCUGGAUAUGGGUUUUGAACCUCAGAUUCGUAAAAUUGUUGAUCAGAUACGGCCUGACAGACAAACACUCAUGUGGAGUGCCACUUGGCCAAAGGAGGUGCGCCAGCUGGCUGAGGACUUCCUGCAUGAUUAUGUCCAGAUCAACGUGGGGAACUUAGAGCUGAGUGCCAAUCAUAAUAUCCUGCAGAUAGUGGAUGUGUGCAUGGAGAGCGAAAAGGAUCAUAAAUUAAUACAGCUGAUGGAAGAAAUUAUGGCUGAAAAGGAGAAUAAAACUAUUAUCUUUGUGGAAACAAAACGGCGAUGUGAUGACCUAACACGAAGAAUGCGUAGAGAUGGUUGGCCAGCUAUGUGUAUUCAUGGAGACAAGAGUCAACCUGAACGAGAUUGGGUGCUUAAUGAAUUUCGUUCUGGAAAGGCUCCUAUCCUCAUUGCCACAGAUGUUGCAUCUCGUGGGCUAGAUGUGGAAGAUGUGAAGUUUGUGAUAAACUACGACUAUCCAAACAGUUCAGAGGAUUAUGUGCAUAGAAUUGGCCGUACUGCCCGUAGUACCAACAAAGGCACUGCCUACACAUUCUUCACACCAGGAAAUCUGAAACAGGCUAGAGAGUUAAUAAAAGUUCUAGAAGAAGCCAAUCAAGCCAUCAAUCCAAAACUGAUGCAGCUUGUGGACCACAGAGGUGGUGGUGGUGGAGGAGCUGGUCGUUCUCGUUACCGCACAAGCAAUUCAUCCAACAAUCCUAAUUUGAUGUACCAGGAGGAGUGUGAGCGAAGGCUCCGGGGAGUUAAGGAUGGCCGAAGAGACUCAAGUAAUUUCCGAGAACGUGAUCGCAGUGACAGUUUUGCCAAUGGAGCCAACAAAGCCUAUGGUGGUACUUAUGGAAAUGCAAGUUCUGCGUUUGGGGCACAGCAAGGCCAAUAUGGUUAUGCCCAGGGAGCCUAUGGAACUGCAGCUUAUGGAACAAGUGCUUAUGGGGCAGAAUAUAGUGCUGCUGGGUAUGGGGGAGCCAGCACUGCCACUGCUGGAAGAAACUCACAAAGCACCAACCAACAGCAGCAAUAUGCAGGGAUGGGCCGUUCAGGCCAGCAGCCACAGCCUCUCAUGUCACAACAGUUUCCUCAGCCUCCUGGCACCAGUGUGAUGGGCUAUAUGGGUCAGACGGCCAGCUACCAGUAUCCUCCACCGCCACCACCCCCUCCUCCUUCACGCAAAUGAAGCCACUUCAUUUAGUGGUUGUCAGUCAAGAUUUGCAUCCCUUUCUCAUUUUUUCUGUCUCUUCCCCUUCCCAACCCCAUCUCCAUUGGGAUGUUUUUCUUAAUGCAGGUUAGCUUUAGAGUUUAUCAUCCAAAUUCUGCCCACAAAAAUGGUCUUGGUACACAUUACUGAUUU